GGCCCACGGGGUAGGAGGGGAGGCGGAAGCGGGCGGCGCUACGGCUGACUGGGAAAUGUCAGCCGCUGGACCGUAGACGGAUUUUCCUUUCUCGGGAGCCCGCAGGCCUUCUGGUGAUCGCCAGCGCUGUCGUCUCUGAGCGUGCAUCCCAGAACCUGGACAGCUGUGGCGGCCGCCGUUUCCCGGUUCCAUCCAGACGUCUGGCGAGAUCGGACGGUGAGCCUAAGGCGGAACGCGUAAGGCGCUUUUGAGUCUGGGGUCCGGGGCCGAGCGCAGGAGGAAAGAGAGGGGACCUGGCAGACCCCGAGUGGCCGCCGCUGCGGGGCCCAAGUCCUUGGCUGCUGAGUGGUGACAGUAGCCCAGCCCGCCGGCCAGAUAUGGUCCAGACCUGUACAUGAAUAACUUUGGUUAGUCAGAGUGAAAUAUUCAAUAAUGAGUGGUGCAGCUUUGGGACUUGAGAUUGUUUUUGUCUUUUUUCUGGCAUUAUUUCUACUUCAUCGAUAUGGAGACUUUAAGAAACAGCAUAGACUUGUAAUUAUUGGAACACUGCUUGCUUGGUAUCUCUGCUUUCUUAUUGUCUUCAUACUGCCUCUGGAUGUUAGUACGACAAUAUACAACCGGUGCAAGCAUGCUGCUGCAAAUUCAAGCCCUCCUGAGAACAGCAACAUUACAGGAUUGUACGCAACUGCUAACCCUGUUCCAAGCCAGCAUCCUUGUUUCAAGCCGUGGAGUUAUAUUCCUGAUGGAAUCAUGCCAAUUUUCUGGAGGGUAGUGUAUUGGACGUCACAAUUUUUAACGUGGAUUCUCUUACCUUUUAUGCAGUCAUAUGCAAGAUCAGGAGGGUUUUCCAUCACUGGAAAGAUCAAAACUGCACUAAUUGAGAAUGCAAUCUACUAUGGCACCUAUUUGCUGAUUUUUGGAGCAUUUUUAAUUUAUGUAGCUGUAAACCCACAUUUACAUUUAGAAUGGAACCAGCUGCAGACAAUUGGGAUAGCUGCUGCAAAUACAUGGGGUCUGUUUCUUCUUGUGUUGUUGUUGGGGUAUGGCUUAGUGGAAAUUCCUCGAUCAUACUGGAAUGGAGCAAAAAGGGGUUAUCUACUUAUGAAAACAUAUUUUAAGGCAGCCAAACUGAUGACAGAGAAAGCAGAUGCAGAAGAGAAUUUGGAAGAUGCCAUGGAGGAGGUUCGUAAAGUGAAUGAAAGCAUCAAGUAUAAUCACCCAUUGAGAAAAUGUGUUGAUACAAUACUUAAAAAGUGCCCUACAGAGUAUCAGGAAAAAAUGGGUAGGAACAUGGAUGAUUAUGAAGAUUUUGAUGAAAAGCAUAAUAUCUAUCCAAGUGAAAAAAGUCUGGUAAAACUGCAUAAACAGGUGAUUUAUUCAGUUCAGAGACACCGUCGAACUCAAGUACAAUGGCAGAUUCUUUUGGAACAAGCAUUUUAUCUAGAAGAUGUAGCAAAAAAUGAAACUAGUGCUACUCAUCAGUUUGUUCACACCUUUCAAUCGCCGGAGCCGGAAAAUCGAUUUAUCCAAUAUUUUUAUAAUCCUACAUUUGAAUGGUACUGGGAAUGUCUUUUGCGACCAUGGUUUUACAAGAUACUUGCUGUGGUUCUGUCCAUCUUCUCUGUGAUUGUUGUGUGGUCAGAGUGCACAUUCUUUAGCACUACUCCUGUCUUAUCCCUCUUUGCGGUCUUCAUACAGCUGGCAGAAAAAACAUAUAAUUAUAUUUAUAUCGAGAUUGCCUGCUUCCUUUCCAUCUUCUUCUUAAGUAUCUGUGUUUAUUCUACUGUGUUCAGGAUUCGUGUAUUUAACUAUUAUUAUUUGGCUUCACAUCACCAGACUGAUGCUUAUAGCCUUCUUUUCAGUGGCAUGCUAUUUUGCCGUUUGACACCUCCUUUGUGUCUUAAUUUCUUGGGUUUGACCCAUAUGGAUUCAUCUAUCUCUCACAAGAAUACUCAACCCACUGCUUAUACAUCUAUUAUGGGUUCCAUGAAAGUUUUAUCCUUUAUUGCAGAUGGAUUCUAUAUAUAUUAUCCUAUGUUGGUGGUAAUUCUCUGCAUUGCUACUUAUUUUAGUUUGGGAACCCGUUGUUUGAAUCUGCUUGGUUUCCAGCAGUUUAUGGGAGAUGAUGAUAUGACAUCAGACUUAGUUAAUGAAGGAAAAGAAUUAAUCAGAAAAGAGAAGAGAAAAAGGCAAAGGCAAGAAGAAGGUGAAAAUCGAAGAAGAGAAUGGAAAGAACGUUAUGGACAUAAUAGAGAAGAUUCCACUAGGAACAGAAAUAUUCAUACUGACCCCAAAGAGUCAAACUUCUCAGAUGUUAAUACCAACCGUUCUGCAUUCAAAUAUACCAGGGCUAAUAACAGGACUGAAAGGGACCGGAUAGAACUUCUCCAAGAUGCAGAACCUUUGGAUUUUAAUGCAGAAACAUUCACUGAUGAUCCUCUUGAAUCUGAAUCAGGAAGGUAUCAGCCUGGUGGACGAUAUCUCUCGAUGUCUCGCAGUGACAUAUUUAAUGAUGUUUAAAGUCUGAAAAAGUUUGUGGGACCACUAACCAAGGUCAACACAUCAGUUCAGUCUUGAUGAACAUCUGUGUACCCUAGAAUUUCCUCUAUAGUCAGUGAAAAGUGUCAAGAUAACAAAAAAGGCACUGAGAAUUAAUUAUAUCUUAGGAAUAGUUUAAUUUGCAUUGAAUAGAGUAUCACCUUUUCCAACAAGAUUUAUUACAUAUCAUUUCCUAAGCAUCUGCCUCAGAAAUACAGUUACAGUGGAAGGAUUUUUAAAAAGAUCAACAUAUGUUAAGAACACGCAGUUUGUUUCAGAUUUUUUUCAAGAGAGUUAUUUUAAAGAUUCAAGGAAGCCAUAAGUCAUACUAAAUAUUAUAUACAGUUUUGUUAUUGUGACUUACAUUUUUGUUACUUCUAAAAAGUAUAUUCAGCCUGUAUUUCCCAAAGAAAUGUAAGUGAAUGGAGACCUCAAAUAAUAACUGUAUUCAUAAAACUCGUGUCUUAAAACAAGGCUUACUUACUAGACAUAACUGAAUGUAAAAAGUACUUUUUCAAAUCUGUUUGCAAACUAGUGGGGGAUUUUUGCAUGUAUAAGAUUAAGACUAUACUUCAAUUGAUGCGUGUCUGUGUAUUUAGCAUGUGUACUAUAAUCAGGUGAUAUAGUAUUCCUUCAGUCUUUGUAGUAACUGGAUUUUUUUAUGCUUCUGGUAUUGCUUUAUAAAAGAUUUUCAUUUCAGAAAGCUAUGUUCACAUUUAUCAUUUAACAUAUUGAUUUAAAUGUUGAUUAUGCCAUUCAAGGAUAAAUCCUAGGCAUUAAUGGAAAAUAGUUUUUUUUUUUAGUAGUCAAAGAGUCCAACAAAAUCCUUCAAUAUUUAAAGGUACCUGUUUAUACUUUUUGAGAAAAAAGCUGGUUAUUCAAAGGUAAAAAGUGAAUCCAUUUACUGUUAUGACUAAUACUUAAAUUGUGGUUUAUAGAAAACAAAACUAUAUUAGAAUGGAAAUGUGUAAUAACUUGUUGGUUAAACAUUCUUACUAAAUAGAUUGUUUUAACGUUUGUGUUUAAGCUAAAUUUAUGUAUUAUAUUUUAAAGUACUAGUGUUUUAUUGAAAAGUGAACAUGUUUGAUCGCAGCAUGCUUGCAAAGAGUUUUCUUAUGUCCCUAGAAUAUUUGUAACUCUUACUGAAUCCAUGCUACAUUGGGUGACCAUACUUCAGCUUGCCUAAUACAGUCUCAGUGUAACACCUAGUAUCCUGUUUAUUACUAGUGACUACUUUCACCCUCAAGUAUCCCAGUUUGAAGAUGAAUUAUAUGGUUCCCCUAACUUGAAGUUAAUCUUUCCCUAAGACAUAAAUUUGAAAUUUUUAUUUUUCUUUUUAAUAAAUAUUAUCAUGUAAGUUUUUUUAAAACACAGCUCUAUGCAGAUAUUGAAAGGAAUAGAGCAUCAUCCUCAUUAUCUGAAAAUUUUGAUCUUUGAGUUUUUAUGAUCUUUGAGAUUAGAUCCCUUUUAAAAUAAUUAUCAGUGGAUAGACUUACUCUGAAUUGAAGGUCAUGUAGACUACACUUAAGAACACAUACAUACAGUCUUUUCAUGUGAAGUGUGGCCAGAAAGCAAUAAGCCAGGAGCAGAGAUAAUUUGAUGCUCUUUGUAAUUUAAUGAUUGACUAAUUGAAUACCUUGGGCAAAUCACAUAGCUCUUCAGUGCCUCAAGUGCUUCAUUCUGCACUUUCAUUUGCAGAAUGAAGAUGAUACUUGCUAUUUACCUGCUGAUCUACCUUACAAAGCCAUUGUGAGGAAGUUGAGUUGGUGUAUAUGUACUGGAGUUUAUAACUGUGCUAUUUUUCCUAGUGAUACUUGAAGGUAUUGGAUGGGGGAAAUGAUCACCCCAGAAAGGGGUCCAGUUUCUUGUUAUUACAGAAAAGUUUACAAGUCCCUAAAGCAAAAAUGCUUUUGGACUAAUUCAUCAAAAGUCCUGUGAAAGUAGUGUUGUUUUGUUUAGUCUUUGGGUUUACUUUGGAAUAAUUUCUUAAGUACAAUGUUUCUCAUCAGGUUUUGUCAUGAAAUUAAGAUGCUGUUGUUGAAACAGAAGCAGAAAAGGAAAAGAAAUUAGCCAAUUGCUUUUAUAACUAACUUUCAUAAUGCCCUAAGAUAAAUUGGUAGGAAUGUAUAAGGUAAUGUUACCACUUUCCUUUAGUAUUAAAUUUUUUAUGGUUAUAAUAAUUGAAGUAUGUACGUGCAUACACUUCACAACCAGUAUAGAUUCCUUUAUGACUUUCAAGUUAUAUUUAAAAUAAUAUUUGGUUGUUUCAGUGAUUCAGAAUAUUCAACUUUUUAAGCAGAAUUUGUCUUACGGAAUGUUAUAUACAAUCAUAUAAAAAUGUUAUUUUAUUGGAUAAAUUUGAGUUCAGAAGGCAAUGACUUGACUCUGGAAGACUCAGUUUAUUGCUGGGGAACCAAGUUAGUAUUUGUCAAGCCACCUUGUGUAAAAAACUGUAAUGGGUAGAAGUUUUCUCUUUUGAGAAGCUUAUUGAAAUAUAAUGACAUCUACUGCAAAAUAGGACUACUAAAUACAUGUACUUUACAUGCAAAGUACAUUUCUUAAAGAAUUAUUUCUGGUAAUUUUUGAUGACUUUAUUACUUGAUAAUAAGUAUUUGUUUAAAAUUUUCCAAAUUAUUCUUUAAAUAGUUGUUAGGUAAGAAUAUUUAGUAAGCCAGUAAUUCAGAAUAAUAUUGCAGAAAAUAAUAAUAAUCUAUUAAUUUAAUGAAUUGCCCCUAAAUUACUAAUUAACUUCUUUUACAACAUAAAUAACUUGUUAUCAAUAGAUUAUUUUUGUCAAAAACAAAAGAAAGUAUAAGUUUAAUUAUUAAAAUUUGCUGUCUUACCAAAUGAAUACAAGGGCUUUUGAAUAAUCUCAUUGCAUAAGAGGCCCUCAUUUCACAAAAAUGGUAAGAACUAAAUCAAAAGAUUCAAGCGUUUUCCCUUUAUAAAGAAUAGAUCAGAAAAUUUGACAAUCCAGACAUUCAAAAAAACAUUCUGCCAGCUGAUUUUUUUGAACUACUAUUUGAUUAGAUGAUCAGUUCUGAAAUUUAAGCUGGAUGUAUGCCCAAAUUAAAUUAGCAUAGGAAAGUCAGUGUGGUUUUUUAAAAGUAUAUUUUAGCAUAUUAAUGUAGAAAUUUAAUUUACAUUCAGUUACAAACCUCAUUCUUUAUAGCAUUAAUAGGUUUAGGGAAUGUUCUUGAUGGUGUGCUGAUUACCAUAUUAGAGAAAAAAUAAACUCUCCAUAUUAUAAUUCACCUGUUUAGUAAGGUGAGUUUCUUACAUGUGAUUUGAGUGGAUCAUGCCUAAAAAUUACAAGUAUAUUUGCACUAAGCGACAAAAUAUGUCCCUGAAUAAUCUUAGCAUACUUGAAUCAUCAAAUGUAAUGGAUUGUAUUAAAUUCUAAAUGUUAAGAAGUAAGUGGAUUUAGGGUUUUGUCUUUCUUUUCUUAUGUCCUCUCUCAUUCCUUUAUACCUUUCUUCCUUUCUGAGGCCUAUGUUUAUAGUAUGACUUUUAAUGUGCUGAAAGAUUUUCCUUCUGUUUUGUGUACAGAGUUGUUUUUGAUGAGUGGUACACUCAGAAGGAACUAGUUCUGACUACAAAUCCCACUACUUGAAAUAACAAUAUUAUACCUAAAGUAGUCAAACAGAUUUUGCUAGACAGCUAAGCAACAUCUGAAUACAAAUGUAAAGUAUGCUGGCUCAGUGUAUCUUUUAGAUCACUAAAGAGGACACAUCGGUAAAUAGUUUUCAGUGUAAUAUUUUUACAUAAAAAUAGAUUUCCCCCCAAAAUUUAAGAUUUAUUUAGAUUCUUGAGACAUCUUUUUAUGAAAAGGAAUUAAUAACAUACAUCAUCAAAACUUUCCUUAGGAGCAUUGAAGCAAUAUAAGAAGGUUACAGAAGGCCUUCUAAAAUAUGAAUUCCCAUCUGUAUGAGGUACUUCUUUCCAACUCAGUGACUUUUUGCCCAGAGACUUGGAAGACCGGGCUAUGUUUUAUUUCCCCUUUCCCAACUCCUGGAGACAAGGCCCUAGGAGCAAUUUCCUCCAGUAGGGCAGGCCGUAGUCCUGCUCUGUCUUACUUCCCACUGCAGCAGGAACAUGUCCUCGCCUCUGAUUCCUUCUGUACCCAGCCAUUGGUCCAUUGAGGUCAACUGAGGACUCACUGUAAUUUUUAAAUCUGUUAAUAAAGCAAGAAUAUUGGCAUGUUCCUCUUCUCAUCAAUAUCCUAAAAGACAUUUGUUUUUUACACACUCCUUGGGAAAAAUUAACUUUUUUUCACUGAAAAUAUUUCCUUUUGUGGUUAUCUUGAUCUCAGAUUAUUUUGUGAAAGAAUUUUACUGUACUUAGUUCAAAAGAGUAGAAAGAAUGAUUUACUAUUGCAGACAUAUGUAGGGUAAAAUCAUAAUUUAUUUAAACUGACUGUACAACACCAUUUGGAGUUGAUAUUGACAUAAAUGUUAUUAGCCUACUAAUUUGGAACUGUAUUUCUCAAUGCUGGCAAGAAUCUUCCCUACUUAGCAUACCAAGUUGUAGGGGAGAGACUGUGUAUUUAUUUUUUGAAAGCAAUCCAAUGGAUUUGUUUUUGUUCAUAUUUUGAAAACAACUUGAAGGAUUUUUCUUAUUUUAGAAGGUAGAAAAUAUGUGGACCUGUGUUUUAAAUUACUAUAAUAUGUAUUUAUAAAUUGUGACAUUGAAUGAUACAACAGAGCUCUAAUAUUGAUGUUCUCACUUUCUGGUAUUUAAUUUUUAUAAAUGUUUUUGUAAGUAACUAAUUGUAGUAUUGCUUUUAAAUAGUUUUAAAAUCUAUCUCAAAUAAGUUCUGCCCAGACCUAUUUCCUUAGGACAGUAUUCUGAAGUUCAGUAGUCCAGUGUGAGCUUGAAAUACUCCUAGAUCCCUUCAGUGAUUUUUAUAUAUGCCAAUACACAAGCAAAUUAUUAAUAUACCAAAAACCUAAUUUCUGCAUUGCAUUAAUAAAAUACUUGUUAUUUUGCCUUUAUCCAAUUCAGUUGAUUUGGUGAAAUAGAAAAUUAAUCUUUUCAAAUGUGCAUGUGAUCAUAAUUUUUCAAAAUGUUACUGUGGUCAUUUUUGGUGCGUGAUGCCAAAUUUGUCUUUAGUUAGCCAUUGCUACCUGAUAUGUAAUGACAAAUGUUUGAUUAUCUGAUCAUUGGGUUGUAGAUUAAACUAUUUUUUUCUCUGUAGAUUCUCACUACGUUUUCAAAUAUGUAUUUGGAAAAAGCUGCAAAGUGCUACCUAUAAGCAAAUUAGUAACUUUGGCCUUAUCUAUGCAUAGUGUUCUCUCAGUUUGGUUUUGAUAAAUUCAGUGACUUGCAGUUCCUUUGCAGUAUUUUAAUUUGUUGUGAUGUAAUGAAUUUUUUGAAAUGUUUAUUUGAUUAGCUGUUAAAAUAUAGGAAAGAAUGUAGGUUUGCAUGAAAUAAACUACAUUUCUACAAGUUAAUAAGAA